AAUGGUAAUCAGUAGUGGUUGCAACCAUGCCAGGAAUUGGAUGAUUGGAAGGAUCGCAUAAGCCCUGUGUUCUUGGUGUUGCAGUUCAGUCCUCAGUGCAAGAACUAGUAGAGCUGACAUCUCUCUUUACUGAGAUUUGCUCAGCUAUUUGCAGUCUUCUUGCUCUUUUGCCUUGUUGGACUGGGAAGGGAUAGGGUCAUGGAGUGGGAUCCCAAGCUCCCCUCGUGGGGUUUGGCAGAGCUGGAGCAAACUGCUGAAGCCAAGAUGGGCGCCAUGGCAGGGCCGAGCUGCUCGGUCGACCUGAAGCUUGGGGGCGGCUCAGGUGAUGCCGGACCACCUGAGCAAUGGAGAGACCAACCUCGGUCGACGACGACGACGACGAUGGCCUGCAGUCCAUCCAAGCGGGCUCGAGCACCGAGCAUGGCGAGCCAGACCGCGUCGUGCUUGGUCGACGGGUGCAGGGCCGAUCUCAGCAGCUGCAAGGAGUACCACAGACGCCACAAGGUGUGCGAGCUGCACUCCAAGACUCCGGUUGUGGUGGUGGGUGGCGUCGAGCAGCGCUUCUGUCAGCAGUGCAGCAGGUUUCACUUGCUGACGGAGUUUGAUGAGGAGAAACGAAGCUGCAGGAAGCGUUUGGAUGGACACAACAGACGCAGAAGAAAGCCUCAAUCUGAGUCGAUUAAUUCUCCCACUCUGCUUCCACUUUAUCAAGAAACCAUGCAUGCAGGGACGAGGUUCUCAACAUAUCCUCACGUAUCUCAGAUUCUUCCCACACAGCCCAGCUGGGCUGGAAUCAUCAAGACGGAGGAAGAUGCAUUGUACACACAUGGCCACCAUUGUUUUCCCCCUGGAUCCUUCUCCAACAUCUACAAACAAGACAAAGCUGCCUACGGCAGAACAGCAAUGGAGACCGCCUCUGCAGCAGAAAGUAGCAGCAGGAUCUUCUCCGAUGGAUUAACCCAAGUUCUCGACUCCGAUUGUGCUCUCUCUCUUCUGUCAUCACCAACUCAGACCUCAACCAUAAACGUCGGCCGGAUGCUAUCCGCUGGUGUGGUUGCAGUGGGAGAGCCUCUUGUUUCGAGCCUCCAGUACUCGGGGUUCUCAUGUUCACGGGUUGAGGACGAUCAAACAGGUGGAGUUCUGAUCUCUGAUGCUGAUGCUGAUGCUGAUACGGAUGCUGAUCUCCACUGCCAGGACAUUUUUCAUGUGGGAGGUGAAGGGUCUUCGGAUGUGGCCUCCCAUUCUCUUCCUUUUUCUUGGCAAUAGCAGUCCAGCGUGAGUCGUUUGUAGUCAUCUCAUGUUCUUCACAUUGCAGUUCUUGUUCACUGCUCAAACACAUUAUGCCGGUCUUCCAAACUUGCAACAGAUUAAAAGACAUGUUUACUCU